AAACAAGAUGGAUAACAUGGCCGAUGCGCAAGAAGGAUCCUGGCGAUCCCAAAAUUUUCGUCAAAAUGUCAGAGGUAAAAUUGAAGAAGCCAUCAGGCAGUCGGGAAAUCCUACCACAAAAAGUGUUGCAGAAAUGGAAAAUCAUGUUUUUCAAAAAGCUAAAACAAAGGAAGAGUAUUUGAGUUUUGUUGCAAGAUUGAUUAUUCAUGUUCGAGAAAUGAAUUCGAAAAAAGCAAUGACAGGUCCAUCCACAAACAUGGCUUCUGCUGGCGGAGUUGGCGGUCAAGUAGCAUCUGACCCAAUGAGUGCUCUCAGAAGCAUGGCAGGACAAGGCAGUGGCGGCUCCGUCACAAUCCAAUCUCAGUCCGGACAGACACAGAUGACCGCAUCCCUCUUGACAGCAUCUGGUGGCAGCAUUAGUCAGAUGACCACGCCACCCAACCCGCAGCCGCAGAUUCCGGUUCAGAACCUGGGUCCGGGGAUCUCUUCUUCGUCGGGGCCCAAUGUGGUCACGUCUUCCAUCAAUCCGCAAGGAAUGAGUCCGAUGGUCAUGCAACAGAGGUUUAUAGGACCUGGUGUUCUGUCAUCACAACAAAUUCAGCAGAGACCUCAAAUGCUUGCUCCUAAUGUCCAGAUGUUACCAAAAUUCAGACAGCAAGGCCCGCCGCCAAAUGUAACCGGCGGUCAAAUGCCAAUGCAAGGAAAUUAUAAUGAAAAUAUGUUUAAUAUGCAAUCUCAGCCAAGUCCUCUUUCUUCACAAUAUCAAGGUCACAGCCCAGCACCUACCUCCAUAUCUAAUCAAGGCCCAAACAGUAACCAGUCAACAAUUCCAUCACCUGCUGGCCAUCACCCUCAGAGCUUAGGUUCUCAAAUGGCUCCAUCCCCUGUUGUUUACGCCCAGAGUCCUAAUUCACAAAUUGCUCCCUCUCCAGUUGGAAACUAUUCUGUUAGAACUCCUGGAGCUCCUUCACCUGGAAGUGCAUUGAAUACCCCAAUGGCUCCUGGUGCUACGCCUAGUCCAGCAAAUCGAAUUAUUGCUGAAGAUCCUUACCUUGAGAAAAGAAAACAACUAUCAAAAUAUAUUGAUCCAUUGAAGAAAAUGAUUGCUCGUAUAGACAAAGAUGAAAAUAAAAAGAAAGAUUUGCAACGAAUGAAAAACUUGCUUGAAAUAUUAAAUGAUCCAAAUCGAAGGUGCCCAAUGGAAGUCCUUUCAAAGUGUGAACAAGUUCUAGAAAAAAUGAUUCCUUCAUUCAUUCAAGUGGAUGGACUUCUGCCACCAGCACAGCCAGUAACAGCACCAAUGAAAACACAGGAGCAAAAUAUUUGUCAACCUCUAUUGGAUGCACUAGCUAACAUUAAAUCACCCAUGUUCAAUCAUGUUCUUCAGAAGACAUUUGGUCCUCCUAUCACAGCUUUAUUUGGGCAUAGUAUCAGAGUUCCAACGCCUCCCCCCAAAAGGAGAAAAGUAGAAGAUGAUUCUGGUGAAAUAUCUGAUGUUUUGCAAGGGGAAAUUGCUCGUCUGGAUCAGAAGUUCAAAGUGCAGUUGGAUCCGGUUCAACACUUUGGAUCCCGCACAGUCAAUCUAAUCUGCCAAUUAGAUGAUAAAAAUCUUCCCUGUGUUCCUUCAAUCAGCAUAACUGUUCCAGAAAAUUAUCCUGCAAAACCACCUCAAUGUCACACCACUAAAGAUGAAUAUGAGUCAACUACAAUUCUUCAAAGUAUCCAACAGGUGCUUUCAACGAGACUGAGCACGAUGCCACAAAAAUAUUCCAUCACUUCCCUUUUGGACACUUGGGAAAUGAGUGUUCGUCAGGCCUGUGCAUCAAGACCAUUAGCUGUAGAGAAUUAGCUUUGCAUUUUCAACUAUGUUCAAUUAUGUACAAAUGUCAUUUAAAGAAAUAAAGAUUGUAUUUUAUGAA